CCUACAGAUUAUUGCCAACCGCCAUUAAACACCAGAAGAAGAAGAAGCAUGCUACCAUGUCGCUGAGACAGUAGUUUGGGUUUAAUAUAAACUGACUUUAUUUGUAUUACGAAAAACCAUGUUGGAGGUAUCAGGGCGGAUGUUUGUCCGCAUAACGAGACGUAAAGUAGAAUAAAAACGUCUCGUCUUUUUUUUAUAUAAAGGCUGGAACGAGUUCCGUGGUGCUGGUUAUUGUUAGCUCGGAGGUAGCCCGUGUUGGUUUGUUUUGCUGACGAUGAGUUACUCUGACUGCUGUGUUAGUUAACAGGACUCGGGAGCUAACUUAUUAGUAUUUAUUUUUGGUGGCAAAAGCCAAGAAAAUAAAAGCGGCCUCAGCCGUGGUAAGCUGCCAGCAGCAGAGCCACCUUACUGGUAUUGGCAGCGCUUCAAUGAGCACCUGAGCAGCUCACUGUGUCCGCGGAAUGGUUCGGUAGUUUUUUUUUGAUGGGGCUGCUGAGGAGCACGAUGCCACUCAAGAUCCAGCUGUUGGCCGUUCUGGCGUUUGGAGUGGCCAUGCUCCUUAUAGAGAACCAGAUCCAGAGACUGGACGAGUCAAGAGGCAAACUGGAACGGACCAUUGCCAGACACGAGGUGGCAGAAGUUGAGCUGCGCCACAACGAAGAUGUCGGGGGACGGGAUCCGUCACCUCUGGUUGAAAACGACAACAUGAUUAUCAUCUACAACAGAGUGCCCAAAACUGCCAGCACAUCCUUCACUAACAUUGCCUAUGACCUCUGCGGGACAAACCGCUUCCAUGUCCUGCACAUCAACACAACCAAAAACAACCCCGUCAUGUCUAUACAGGACCAGGUGCGCUUUGUUCGGAAUGUCACCACAUGGAGAGAGAUGAAGCCUGGCUUCUACCACGGCCACGUUGCUUAUCUGGACUUCUCAAAAUAUGGUGUGAAAGGUAAGCCGUUGUACAUUAAUGUGGUGCGGGAUCCGAUAGAGCGCCUUGUGUCGUACUACUACUUUCUGCGCUUCGGAGACGACUACCGACCUGGCCUUCGACGGAGAAAACAAGGGGAUAAGAAGACUUUUGAUGAAUGUGUUUCAACCGGGGGGUCUGAUUGUGCUCCUGAGAAACUUUGGUUGCAAAUCCCCUUCUUCUGUGGUCACCAUUCAGAGUGCUGGAAUGCAGGCAGUAGAUGGGCUCUGGAACAGGCUAAGUACAACCUGGUGAACGAGUAUCUGUUAGUUGGAGUAACUGAAGAGCUGGAGGACUUCAUCAUGAUCCUGGAGGCGGCUUUGCCGCGCUUCUUCAAGGGAGCAGCGGAUCUCUACAGAACAGGCAAAAGGUCCCAUCUAAGGAAGACCACCGAGAAGAAGUCCCCCACCAAAGAGACUAUCGCCAAGCUGCAGCAGUCUGACAUCUGGAAAAUGGAAAAUGACUUUUACGAGUUCGCACUGGAACAGUUCCAGUUUGUGCGUGCUCACGCUGUCAGGGAAAAGGACGGUGAGCUGUACGUGCUGGCCCAGAGCUUCUUCUAUGAAAAGAUCUACCCAAAAGUGAACUGAGAGCAAAGCCUAAAAACAGAGAGGUCGAGCUGCGAAGAAACUCUUCACACCGUUCUCUGAAGGAGAGACUGAAUCUGCUGUAGACUGUUCCUUUCAAUUUCAACUAGAAAUGUGUUAGAAAUGUUUUUGGUUUUUUUUACAGUAUUUUCUGAAGCAGCUGUUGAGAAAACAAACUGUGCUAUGAGGAAAAAGUUCUCCUGAGUUAGUUGAAGAUGUUUAUUAGUUAACCACCAGGAUGUAAACGGGCAGCAAACUAAAUCUAGCUCAACCAGUAAAGACUUGUUCUGAACUAUAAUUCUGGAAAAAUAAGAUUAUUUCUUCUGCUUUGUGUACUCAUAAUUUGUGCACCAAAACCUGUUUACAAAUUCCUUUUGGUCAAAGCGGCAUUUGUACAUAAUGUAUUGACACAACGUAAACUUGUUAAUGGACCAAAAGGUGAGGGGGAAAAAAAGACAAGCGAAUGGACCACUGCAUUGUUUGAUUCCUGACAUGUUUCUGAUCUUAUUUGAUUUUUAAACCUUUAACGUAUACUGUCAGUGUUUUUAUCACUCUGUAUUUUUGAUAGAACUGUUAGCUGCUGUUUCUGGAGCUGGAGCCACAGAAAGGUACCAAUCAGAAAUGAACACAGGGCGGAAGUACAGGGUGAUUUUAGCAGGAUGAGACUGAUAGUGCCUUUACUGUAGUAGGACUCGUUUGUCCACUCGUGUGUAUUCUUACUGAGAUCACUGUUGAUCCCCACUUCCUACACAAACAUUCCGAUAUAAAAAACAUGAUCCCUAAA